AUGGCCAAUAAGAUAUCCAAACUUCACUCAACAAUGGACCAUGGGGAUAUGGAUCAUGGGGAUAGCGACAUGUGUUCGAUGAACAUGCUGUUUACUUGGAAUUAUAAAAACACUUGUGUUGUGUUUAAAUGGUGGCACAUCCGUACCGUUUGGCACUUGCUGCUAAGCAUGGCUGUAAUUACAGCAUGUGCGUAUCUUUACGAAUAUCUUAAAUACUUCUCGACAAAGUCCCUCGUCGCCAGCAGCAAUGCAAGCAUGGGAAGAACCGUUCAAUUAAAACGAGCCAGCUGGUAUGGCGCGCAGGUCGGGUUUUCGCUCAUGCUCAUGCUGGUUUUCAUGACCUACAACGGGUGGCUUAUGUUGGCAGUGGUUCUAGGUGCAGCUUGGGGCCACUACUCCUGGGGGAUCCUCACGGAGAGUAAUACCCGAACUUUGGCCUGUCACUGA